AUGGCUGGUUCAGAAUCAGUCAGCCACCAUCGACCGGCCAUGGUUCUACACAUUUCACGGAGUUAUUUCAAAGACAUCCGGUUAGUGAAGGUCUUGAACGUCUUCAAAGCGGCAACCAUUGGCACAUCUCCGUGGAAUGAGAGGACCAAGAAGCAGAGGCGGGUUGUUGGCUCGUUCACGACUGGGCCAGCAAUGAAGAAGAUGCACGGAAUGCUGCAUAUGGAGACAUGCGCCGUCAUCUCCAGGAUUUACUACGACAGCCUGAAGGGGGCAGUUGAUAUCAUGCCUCAUGUGUAUCAGAAGCGUCUCUCUCUCAAUCUUAUGAUGAUGCUUUGCUAUGGUACUCGAUUCAACUCGGUUGAAGAUCCAAUGCUUCUCCAGAUUCUCGAAGACGCAAAAACAAUCGCAAGCUUCCGAUCCACAAACUCCAAUCCCCAAGACUUUAUUCCUCACUUGAGGUACCUAGGCACCAACCGACGCACGACCACUGCAAAGGAAGUUCGAAACCGACGAGAUAGCUGGCUUGCAACUAUGUUCAGUAAUAUUCAGAACAGCCACAACAGAUUGCGAUCGGGUGAGAAGAAAUGCGUGGCUGAAAUGCUUCUUGAAGACAACCAUGAUGGCCUCACAAAGGUUGACAUCAAAACAAUCCUCGGCGGCCUGAUGUCUGGCGGCUUCGAAACCAUCUACUCGACCGUCAUCAUCACUCUUGGGGCUCUGUCAACGCCCUGGGGACAAGAGGUACAGAACAAGGCGUACACAGACAUGAUAGGUGCCUACGGUUCACAUGAGAAAGCAUUUGAGCAGUGCCUUCUCGAAGAGAAAAGCCAAUACGUCUCCGGUUUGGUAAAGGAAGCUUUGCGGUUUUACCCGCCCCAUAAGAUUCUCCCAGCCCGACAGGUCCAUAAAGACUUCACCUAUGCGGGAGCCACCAUUCCUCAAGGGAUGCUUAUCUACAUCAAUAACCAGGCCGUCAAUUUUGAGACGUAUGGCCCUGACGCUCAGGAGUUCCGCCCGGAGCGAUGGAUAGAAGCAGGAUGCGAGAUACCUCCCCCGUACCAUUUUGCCUAUGGUGCUGGAGCACGAAUGUGUACGGCCGUUAACUUCGCAAACCGGAUGCUGUACAGCGUAUUUGUUCGCUUGAUUCUCUCCUUCAAGAUGACAGAGAGCAAGGAAAUGCCCCCGAAUAUCCAUUACAUCGACUACAAGGAGGACUCAACUGCAUCAAAUGCCAUCCCCUCAUUAUUCAAACUCAGAUUCACUCCCAGAGACCCGGAGAUGGUCGAAGAGUGCCUCAAGAAUGCGCAUGAGAGCCUGACAGAUUUCGUUACCGGAGACAACGCAGAACCCCUCUUCUUGUGA